AUGGCUGUGGCCAUUUGCUCCAUCGGGGGCAGCAGGCUUGAAGUGAGGAGGCCAGGUGUAAGACCUCCUCGUGCGACCAAGGUGGCACAGGCCAGCACAGGCCUGGGGUGGUGGGUGGGAAGCCCUGCAAGGCGUUUCCCUGAAAUGGUGGACUCGCAGCAUCGCCUGCGAGCACAUCGCCUUCCUGCUCCUCCAGUCCCCAAAGUCUCUGGGGGCCCGCGCUUCUGCGGACACAAGCUUCGCAUCUGUGCCCCCACGCCGCAACGUCAGCGCAACGGACACCUUUCCCUCAGCGACCUGCAGCAGCUCAUCCAGGUUGUGGUGCAAAUACGUUCUGGCUUCGUGUAUGAAGACUCCGAUGCCUGA